UGUGUUAGUUUUUUUGGACAGGGUUGAGAUAAUAAAGCCUUGUACUCUCCCUCGCUCUAUCUCCCCGCGCCGAAACAAUGGUGAGAAUAGCAUGCGGUCACGUAAUUCCGGCAUUGGUUCGUCCAUUGAAGUCAUCCGUCUCCAGAAACCACUCUCUUCUUCUCACAGAGAAGUCUCACUUUGUAGGCUUUUUCGGGUUCAGCCGGAGGUUCUCUUCUUCAUCCUCCAAAAUAAGCAUGAGCCUUCGAGCCGGCAUUGUUGGCCUCCCUAAUGUCGGCAAAUCUACUCUCUUCAACGCAGUUGUUGAGAAUGGAAAGGCUCAAGCUGCUAAUUUUCCUUUUUGCACAAUAGAGCCAAAUGUAGGGAUUGUUGCUGUUCCAGAUCCGCGUCUCCAAGUGCUUUCUGAUCUCAGCAAAUCUCAGCGGACAGUCCCUGCAUCCAUAGAGUUUGUAGAUAUUGCUGGGCUUGUGAAGGGUGCAAGUCAAGGGGAGGGGUUGGGCAAUAAAUUUUUAUCACAUAUUCGUGAGGUGGACUCCAUACUUCAGGUUGUACGCUGUUUUGAAGAUAAUGACAUUGUUCAUGUCAAUGGUAAAGUGGACCCCAAAAUUGAUAUCGAUGUUAUCAACUUGGAACUUGCUUUCUCAGAUUUGGACCAGAUUGAGAAAAGGAUGGAGAAGCUCAAGAAAGGCAAGGCAAGGGAUUCACAAUCUAAACUUAAGGAGGAAGCAGAGAAGUCUGCCUUGGAAAAAAUUCAGCAGGCACUUAUGGAUGGAAAACCAGCACGAUCGGUAACUUUAACAGAGUUUGAAAAGGAUUCGGUAAAGCAGCUUUGUUUGCUCACAAUGAAACCAGUAAUAUAUGUUGCAAAUGUUGCGGAGACUGAUCUAGCUAAGCCCGAAAAUAACUCUCACGUCACAGAAGUGAAGAAUCUUGCAUCUGAGUUGAACUCUGGACUGGUGACAAUCUCAGCACAGGUUGAGUCAGAGCUUACUGAACUUCCAUGUGAAGAAAGGGUAGAGUACUUAAAGUCUCUUGGUGUCAGUGAAAGUGGUCUUGGAAACCUAAUUAGAGCAACAUAUAGCCUUCUGGGGCUGCGUACAUACUUCACUUCUGGCGAGAAGGAAACAAAAGCAUGGACCAUACUUGCAGGCAUGACAGCACCUCAAGCUGCUGGAGUUAUCCACUCAGACUUUGAGAAAGGUUUCAUUCGAGCCGAGACAGUGGCUUAUGAUGAUUUUGUUGCUGCUGGUUCACUUGCUGCUGCAAGGGAGAAAGGACUUUUACGAUCUGAGGGUAAAGAAUACAUUGUACGGGAAGGAGAUGUAAUGCUGUUUCGUUUCAAUGUAUAAUGCUUAAUAUUGUUGUGGCUGUAGUUAUUUAAUCAUUCCUCAACCCAGUAAGCUGGCAAGAAUUUUGAUACGGAAGAAACGAAGGUAUUUCUUGCUGAGUAAAAGUUGGAUUAAAUUUAUGUCCAUAAUUACACAGUUAGAAAAUGUUCUUUCUGCAGAAAA